UGAGAAAGUGUGCGCGAGCUUCCGCUGCUUCAUCUGUGUGGUUAAUCCGAGCGUUUAUUUUUGCCGGUUAAUGCUCUUCUGUAAAUAUCCCUUAUAAAACCCUGCCUAGACAUCGUUUAUGAACAGGUUCAUGUGGUAUUUGGGUUGAGCGCAUUAAGGAUGUCUGCCAUGUUUGAGGGGAAUGCCUUGUCAGCGCUGCAGACCACUCACUGCCCCCCUCAGAGUAACUACAGCCCUCAAGAACUUGCUUUGGAAAUAAAAGCAUUCAUCAGUGGUGUUGACCAGACAAAAGGACGUAAGCUCAGUGUUCGCGAUCAUGCCCGCUGUGCUGUGCGUCUCCUCCGCACUGUCCCAGCAUGCCGAGGUGCAGUCCUGGAGCACUUGAGGGGGGUUUAUGAUGAGUAUGUGGCAGCAUUUUUCCAAGACCUAGAGGCAGAAAGUGACAGUGGGAGUAACAGCACCACUGGAGGGACUAACGCCAAUGUGUCAAACUUGGAGGAUGUGAUUAAAGAGAUCCAUGCUGUUCUGCUGGAGUUUAUUAGGCUUAACCCAAAAGCUUGGGCUCCGCUGGUGUCUUCCUGGGCAGUGGAUUUACUUGGCCAGCUCAGCAGUAAGCAUGCAGGAAGAAGAGCAACCCCUCACUCCUCCAGUCUGAAUGAGCUCCUCCAGCUAUGGAUGUCAUGUGCAGCCACUCGUUCCCUCAUGGAGUGCUACUCCCAGUGUUUGGCCGCAAUGUUAGCCUGGUGCCCUGACGCAUGCGUGGAUGCAUUGCUGGAUACAUCCGUGCAGCACUCUCCUCAUUUUGACUGGGUAGUUGCCCACAUCGGCUCUGCUUUCCCUGGUACCAUCAUUAGCAGGGUGCUGGCAUGUGGACUUAAGGACUUUUAUGCGCAUGGAUAUCCUUCAGGAGACAAAAGCACCCAGCUGCAAGCAAUCGACAAAGCCAGCAGAGUGCCAAAAAUUGGCUCAGUCGUGGGUAUCCUUGGGCACUUGGCCUCCAGGCAUUCUGAUAGCAUUAAGAGGGAGCUUCUCAGGAUGUUUCAAGAUAGUUUGUCUCCUCCACCACAAAAUGCACCUUCAUCUUCUGGGGCUGCAGGGUGGGAGAACUCCCCUCAUCUCCGCAGGGCUACUGUGCCUUUCUUGCUCCAGCUGGCUGCCCUCUCCCCAACUCUCCUUGGUGCUGUGUCUGCUGAGCUGGUAGAGUUACUUCGACCACCCGUGCUACUUCAGCUUCAAGCUCAGUUCCAAGGUCUUCCCAGGGAAGAGCUAGAAAACAUGCUGGGGCUGGCAGUGCACCUAAUCAGCCAGAGCCCUGCAGGUGGAGCCCGGGUGCUGCGAUUCCUUGCAGACACUGCCACACCAGCCUCCGUUAUCAUUUCAGGCCCCACACCCUCCCCGCAUGACGGUGUACGUGAAGCAUGUGACCGGCUACUUCAGAUGCUUCUUUUGCAUCUCCACAAGCUUGUGUACAAUAGACCUGAAGGUGAUGAACCAUAUUCACACACGACCUCCUCCAUUGCGAUGCCACGUGUGAUCCCAUUCCUUGAAGAGCUGCAGGCCCAUGUUGGAGAACUCUGUGCCGAGACUCUCCGACUGGAGCGAAAGAGGCACCUGUGGUUGCAUCAACUUCUGUGUUUGCUAUCUGUGUAUGGUGGCCCUAGCAUAGCCACUGAAGCCCUGUGCCAGCUGCUCACCCAAGCUAGGAACCCAGAAGAGCUUGCUCUGGCUUCACAGCUACAUUCACCUCUUUCCUCCUCCAUCCCGGGAUUGCUUCCAUCAGCUGUGGCCCGUUGUGUUGCCCAGAUCCACACCCAGAAUCUCAAUAGCAGAGAACUAGCACAGCUCCUGAACAACCUGGCCACAGCUGUGCAAAGUCAGGAAGAGGACUGUAAAGCAGGUGGCAGCACAGCUGGAAGUUCCCUUCACUCAUCUAUGGCAGCCCAGGUUGGAGCUGCUGUUUCCAGCCACCUUCAUGACUUCUGUCCGCUUCUCCUUCAUGGUGACACUAUGGUGUCCAGAGCAGCUGCUCGUCUGCUGUCCUGCAGCCAGCUUCCAAGAGCUUGCUCACCAGCCCAUCUGCUACUCAUAUCACGAGCCGCAGUGGCACAUUUCUUCAUAGCUCUGCGACAGAGGGGUGAGGGGUUGAAAAUCGGAGGGCAGAGUGGUGGAGAGGCGGUGGGUUACUCCAUGCGCUUGCUGUCCCGCUUGGCUGCUUACUCCUCCCUGAUGCUCAAAGCUGUGCUCCAGCAGCUUGUGGAGGGAGCUUUACACAAAGGCAACCGAGAGCUGUUUGGGGGUCAGAGGGAAGGUCCUGGUGAAGAUGGAGCCCCUUUGCCCACUCUAGGUCCAGACUUGGGUGUGUCAUUGCUGAACAUCAACUGCAAGUUUGGCACCACUGUCAACUUCUCUGGUAGCGUGUGGUCUGUGUUCCAUGCUGGGGUGAUUGGAAAGGGACUGAAACCUCCCCACACUCCAUCGCAGUCUGAUGCAGACAAGGUAAACCAGAACAUGCAGACCUUACUUGCUGUCAUAGUCCAGUGUUGCAGCUCUGGUGGAGGAGUGAGCUGCAGUAAUGGAUCAGGCACAAGUUCCGGCAAUGGCCGCUACAAUCAUGCUGGUGAAACCAUCUCAGAUGAGCCCUCCCCAGUCAAUGCUGAAGCAGCCAAAGUUAUCGCAGUAGCUCUGGUGGAGAACGUUUGCCCAGAUGUAGCAAAUGGUGAACUGUCAUGGCCACCUGAGGAACAUGCCAAAACCACGGUUGAACGAGACAUUCACAUCCGCCGAUGUUUUGAAGCAAAUCCUGUUUUGUUUCACCUCCUUCGGGUGGUGGCAGCUGGGCGCCCAGCUCUCUGCUAUUGUUCUGCUGUUCUGAGAGGCCUUCUGGCUACAUUGUUGGCCCACUGGGAGGCUUCAAGAGAGCCUUCAGUGCUAGAUUCCCCCUGGCACCUCCAGGCAUCUUGUCUGCUUGUGUCCUGUAUGGGAGAAGGUCAGCUUCUGCCCCCAGUGCUAAGCAACAUCCAUGAGGUCUUCCCUCAUCUUUCCCCAUUUGAGGUUAGGCUUUUAUUGCUGGGUGUGUGGGAGUACAUGCGAGGGAACAGCCCAAUGCCACAGAAAUUCACCUUUAGUGCUGAGAAAGGAGUGUUUUUCAGAGAUUUCUCUCGGGACGGUGAUGUGGCGCGGUACAUUGCCCCAAUCCACAGUGUCCUUCACAAGAACAUUGACCGACUUGGGCACCUGUGUUGGAGGUUUCAAAUAUAGCUAUCAGUGGCUUUCAGAUGGGAGUGCAAACCUUUUUUAGAAUAUGAGCUUUUUUUUUUUGUAUUCUUGAUAUUUUUCUUGUACUGUUAUUAUUGUACUGUUAGUGUUCGUCUCAUAAUUCUCAGAAGAUUCUUUUUUUCCUGAUAGUAAAACAAAUUCUCACAGUCGGGGUGAAAUGGUUAUUUGAAAUAUGAACUUUGUCCCUUAUUGGCUGUCAUUAGAGAGAAAAUUUGGAUCCACUUUGCAAAUGGGCAACUUUCUGAAUGAGGAAGAACACUGUGACCAUAUAACAUGUAAUAGCCUUUUGACAUUUUGUGGCUAUUUUUUAUAUUAGCAAAUGUUUAAAUUGUUUAGGUAAAAAGAUAUUUGUUGGACAUCUAAUUUCGAACGUGGACAACAUGGACAUAGAUGUGUUAAACACUUUAUACAGUCUUUUCAUUAUACUCAUAUCUCUUGAUGAGAAAAUAAAAAUCUUUUAAAAUCUGA